CGGGGCGAGGGACCAUACCUCAGCCAUGGACACGCGCCUGGCGCUGCUGCUGGCCCUGCUCUCGGGCACCGUGACGACGGGCCAGUGCCUGGAAGGAGGGAGCGUGUCCAAGGAGACCCUGGUGGACGAGCCCGACAGCUACCUAGAGAGACUCUCCGACUUGCUGCAGGAGAGUGCGGAUCGUGCCCCUCGGCCCCUCUCUGACGAGCGCCCGCCGGGCACCCUGCUUCGCUCGCUGCUCUACACCCUGCAGCGACCCGGCCGCAGCCCCUCCUUCCUGUUCCAGCCCCAAAGGUUUGGCCGAGAGACCCGGGGGAGCUGGGGCGGUGAGGGCCGGCUUAGCCAGCGCGGCUGGGACUCCAUGGCCUCCCAGUUCUGGAGCAUGGCUGUGCCCCAGCGCUUCGGGAAGAAGAAGUGACUCCGAGGGGCCCCUUGGCUCCAGCACCCCUGGCCUGGAUCAAAGCUCCCCCCCACCCCUGAGCAGACUGAGCUGUGAUGACCGGCACAGCCCAGCGGCCGGAUCACAUAGCUCCUGCUCUGGUAACGAUAAUAAAACAUGAGCCUCACA